UUCAGGCCAUACUACGUUCUCUCUGAAGCGGAUUUCUGCUGUUUACUAAAGGCAUCAGAGCAUCCUUCGGCUCCUGCUGUUUACUAAAGGCAUCAGAGCAUCCUUCGGCUCCUGCUGUUUACUAAAGGCAUCAGAGCAUCCUUCGGCUCCUGGGUACAUCAUCAUAACACGCUGAAUUAAAGGACCAGGACUGAACCGGACUCCGAUGAACACUUUGUGGGGACUAUAAUAGCAAAUUAUUUCUACCAGAUAAUUUCUACCAUAAAACAUCAGGAAGUCUAAACUCUUUUUGUAUGCAAUCAUGAAGGUGGCAUCCUUCAACGUCAGAAGAUUGGGCACAAGCAAAGUGGCUGAUAAGAAUGUCCUGAAAUAUCUCAUCAAGAUUGUGUCCCGCUACAGUGUCUUAUUGAUCCUAGAAGUGGUUGAUAGGACUGGCCAGGCCAUGACAACGUUCCUUAGGGAGCUGAAUGACACAAGCAGGGCCAACAGGAAGCAUCCUUACACCAUGGUUAAAAGUACCAGACUGGGGCGAGACACCUACAAGGAACAGUUUGUCUUCCUCUACAGAGAGGACCAUGUGAAGCUGACUGACAGCUAUCAGUAUGAGGACACCCAGGUGGGAGACGAGGACGCCUUCGCUAGAGAGCCCUACAUCCUCCGUUUCACCUGUCUCAAUACAGUGCUGAAAGACCUCGUGUUGAUCCCGGUGCACACCAAGCCUGAAGACUCUGUGAAGGAACUGGACGAGCUGUACGACGUCGUCAAAGUAGUGAAGAGAAAAUGGAAGACUGAUAACAUCAUGAUCCUGGGCGAUUUCAACGCGGAUGGAAGUUAUGUCACCAAGAGAGGCAUGACAAAUAUCCGUAUCCGUAGUGACAAGAAAUUCCACUGGGUGAUUGGAGAUGAUGUGGACACCACGGCCAACACAGGCAACGACCACACAUACGACAGGAUUGUGAUGUACGGAGCUGACAUGUUGGAGGCGAUGGUCCCCAACUCAGCCAAGCCCUUCAACUACCACAAAGCCUUUCACUUAUCUGAAGCUAUGGCUCUGAGUAUCAGUGACCACUACCCUGUAGAGGUGGAGCUGAUGACCGCUGGAACUGUACCACAGAAGAAAGAGGAAAAAGACAUAGAGGAAGAGGAAGUAGAGUCUCCCAGUAUCAACCCAAUACCACGGAAGAAGAAAAGACUUGUGAGAAAGUUCAUAGGGAAGUCAGACCAAGCCUAGAAGACAUGCCAAAACAUGAUUUAUAUAAAUCAUUAUAUUCAAAAUCUGUAACUCUGUUUCUGGUUCAAAUGCUUUCAAAUGUUUCAAGUGCUUUAUUUAAUAAAGACAUGCAUGCAAUAUUUUAUGCAGGAAACAUUCAGUUGCACUAUAUUUUACAAUAAACCUUUCCUAAGUAAACCAA